AGGUUCAGGCAAAGCUCUCUGAGACCAAACACACACACACAUACACACGCAGCCUUCUGUCAGCUGGACGUGCUGGAGUAGGAGACUCAGUCUACAGUCUAGGAGACUACAGUGAGUCCUCCAUGGCCUGGAGUUAAAGAGCCUCUGUGAGCUGGAGGGAUUUAUUCACUGACACCAGGCGGGGUUUUGGUUGCAUGACAGAUUAACCAUCUUUGGAAAAAAAAAAACAGGAUUAUCUAUCUUCUGUAGUAAAACGAUGAAGCUGCUGUUAGCCGUGGCCUCCAUGCAGAUGCUUCUGGCUCCAGGGUUCAUGAUGCCGAGCGCUGAUUACUGGGCCGAAUGGGGGCCGUAUGGAGAGUGCAGCCGCUCGUGUGGCAUCGGUGUAACCAUGAGGACGAGACGGUGUGUGAGUCAGCGGACUGACGGAGGCCGCAGCUGUGUGGGACCGGAUAAAUCCUAUCGCACGUGCAAUAUUCAGGACUGCCCUGAGGGUUCCCGAGAUUUCCGAGAGGAGCAGUGCUCUCAGUUUGACGGCACUGAUUUUCAUGGAAAAUACUACAAAUGGUUACCUUACUAUGGAGCGGAGAACCAGUGUGAACUGAACUGCAUCCCCAAAGGAGAGAACUUCUAUUUCCGUCACCGGAGCUCGGUGGUGGAUGGCACUCCUUGUCACCCAGGCAGGGGUGAUAUCUGUGUGGAAGGAGUGUGCAGGCGUCUGGGCUGUGACAGCAUGCUGGAUUCUGGGCAGCAGGAGGACGCAUGCCUGCAGUGCGGAGGGAAUGGCCAGUCCUGCCACCUCAUCAGGAACACCUUCUCCAUGCGGGAUCUACCCAAAGGUUACAAUCAAAUGUUCAUCAUCCCUGUUGGCGCGACCAGCAUCCGUAUCAUUGAGAGUGUACCUACUCGUAACUACCUGGCUAUCAAGAACCUGCGUGGUGAGUACUACCUUAAUGGGCACUGGGUGAUCGAAUUCUCACGGAGCACCCCCAUUGCUGGCACUAUGCUGUACUACCAGAGAGGAACGGAGGGGGAAAUGUCCCCUGAGACCAUCACUGGCCGUGGACCGACUACUGAGCCUUUGGUGAUUGAGCUGAUCACUCAGGAACCCAACCAGGGAAUCGAGUAUGAGUAUUACCUUCCCAACAGCCGCCCUAGAGAGGGCCACUACUGGAGCUACGGUUCUUGGUCUGCCUGCAGCAAGGAAUGUGGCUCUGGUUACCAAUCCCGUUUGGUCUUCUGCACUAUUGAUAAUGAAGCCUACCCUGACUAUUUGUGUGCAUCUCUGCCUCGACCUCUCAAUAACCGCACAUGCAAUGAGCAACAGUGUCCCCUAACCCGCAGGAUGGCGUAUGUGUACCCACCACAAACAUGGACACCCAAGGAAGCAAGACAUGUCUAUGUUCAGGUGUACAGCUGGAAGGUCGGUGAGUGGAAUCAGUGCUCGGUGACAUGUGGUGGGGGCAAUCAGGUACGCCAAGUGGAGUGUAUAUCUCAUGAUGUGUCUGGAAGGAGGCUGGUAGAAGACUCUUUGUGUGAGGCUUACACUCCCAGACCUGUCAGCCAGCAAACCUGCAACAUGCAGCAUUGUGCACAGUACAGCGUGUCCUCAUGGAGCCAGUGCUCUGUAACAUGUGGCUCUGGAGAGCAGACAAGAGAGGUGAUGUGUGUGGGUUCAGCAGGAGGAAACCGUGUGGCAGAUUACAUGUGUGCCAGUCUUCCCAAGCCACCAAGCACGCAGACCUGCGAAAUGCCUGUCUGCAUUACCCGGAUUGGCUGGCACAUUGGUGACUGGGGGCUGUGUUCUAAGAGCUGUAGCUCGGGGCUUCGGGAGCGGCAGGUAAUCUGUUCAGACGCACAGAGAAACAUUUAUGGGGUGGAGCAUUGUAAUGCCUAUCCCAAACCCUCUACUGUGGAGAACUGCAACACCCAGCCAUGCUACAGCCCCCAGGUGGUGCCCAGCAUGCAAGACACAAGAGGCUACGACAACACCAUUUUCGGUUUCUACCCCUACAAUCCUGAGGACAGCACCACCACCACAGUUCACCAGCAGGAUGUUCCCUACUGCCAUCAGACUGCGUUUGGAUGUUGUCAUGAUGGCGUGACUCCAGCCAGUGGACCUCAUGGUCAGGGUUGUUACCAAACAUCAUCCUGUACCCACACCAGGUAUGGCUGUUGUCAGGACGGUGUGACUCAGGCACAUGGACCCAAUAAGGAGGGCUGUCCAGAAUAUGUCCUUUCUGUCCCAGUUUCGGAGCAUGAGGUCUGCAGCAAAACCACAUAUGGCUGCUGUUUUGAUGGAGUGACUGCAGCUCGUGGUACUAAUGGAGAGGGCUGCCAUGUUCCACCUGGAAAGGCUCAGCGUGCUCCAUGUGAUCUGCCCCACACGGCUGGAUUGUGUGAUGAGUGGACUGCUCGAUAUUACUAUGACCCUGCCUCAUCCCGCUGUGUACACUUCUGGUACGGCGGCUGCCAUGGCAACAGGAACAACUUCCACACUAUGGAGGAGUGCCAGCAGACUUGCCAGAGCCAGAGGCCCGUCUCCACGUCACACAGCACCUUCUGGAGCCAAAUCUGGCCGGGUGCCAACACAUCUCAGCAUUCCCACCAUCGGGUUCAAUCAGUGGGGCGCAGGCCGGCGCCCAGAGACGUGCAGGCUAGCAGCCCUGAUAACAGUUGGCCUGCUGUGGGUGUGAGUAUAGACAAGUCGGAUCCAUCUACGGUGGAGGGUAUAGUGGGCCAGUGGGUGGUGUUGCCGUGCAAAGUGAACCCGCCUCCAUCUUCUACUGUGACAGUCGAGUGGAGAAAAGACGGUGUUCUUCUUGACCCCUCCAGGCAUAUACAGCAGCCAAACGGCUCACUUUUCAUGGGCCCUGUAAGGAUUAAGGACUCUGGCUGGCUGCUUUGUGUGGCCACACGAGACCGUGAGAGAGAUCACCGCUACAUCUACCUGUCUGUCUCAGAGCCCAAAGAUGGGGCAGGUAGACCAGAUUCUGCAGACUCGAUAAUUGUCCCUCCCAGGUUCAGCAUUGACCGAUCAGAAUCUGAGCUGGUAAACGCACGUGUAGGUCAGAGUGCCAGGCUACACUGCACCAUCCUCCCUUCUUCAGCUGCUAAUUCAGUCAUCAUACAGUGGACAAAAAAUGGAGCUGUUCUCAACACACUCAGGCACUCUCAGCACUCUGAUGGCACCCUGGUGAUUAACAACCUCACAUCUGACGAUUCAGGCAUCUAUACCUGCACAGCCUCCAGCAGUCAACAGCUGGAGCAACUGCAAAUCCAGCUCAGAGUCUCAGGGGACCUGAGGAUCACCACAGCUCCCAGUAACAUGCAGGUGUCUCAGGGAAGCGUGGUUCGGCUCCCGUGUGUAGCAUCUGGAGAAAAUGUCAACAUAGCUUGGUCCAGGAACGGUGUGCCAGUGAGACCUGAUGGGCAUCGGGUGCAGGUGUCAGCAGAUGGCACUCUGACUCUCUAUAAUGUGCAGCCUGUGGAUGAGGGCUCGUAUACCUGCAAUGCCUACGCUGGCACAUUCGCUGUCAGUGCCACUGCUGAAAUUCGAGUAACCAAAGAUUAUGAUGGGGGUCAAAGCCUGUCUCCUGACUGUGUGGACGAGCCUGAGUUAGCCAACUGUCUGCUGAUCGUCAGUGCACGCCUGUGUGGACACAAGUACUAUUCCAGCUUCUGUUGUGCCAGCUGUUACAACUACUCUAUAGGGAAGGGCAGGCCUGGGAGACAUGGCUAGGAAUCAGCGUUCACAACUAACAGUCUCGCUUGGUCAUCUGGACUGUUUUCUCUCUUCUGAAUAUGCCACUGAAUGCUCUUCGUGUGGCCCAGACAGACCCUCCUUCAGCAGGUUUGGCUUUACAUUUCUACACUGCUCUCUGUUUAGAGGAACUGACUUUCAGAAAUCUGAGCCCAGAUCAACAGUGAGAGACAGAACAAUUCUGCUCCAAGAGUACAGAGGACCACUUUGGCACAUGCAAAUUUAAUGUAUUGUAAAAGCAGUUGAAUAUUUUAGUUUAUCUUAUGGCUGACAAACAUGUCUUUAUUUUUAUUAUAUAUGCAUUUUUAUUUAUAAUGAUGUAUAAUACUUUUUAUAAUGUUUUGAAUGUGCUGUGUUUUUAUUGUGCAAAUCAUGGAAUUUUGUCUGAGAAACUGCAUAAAGGAUAAUAAACACACAGACACAUUGA